AUGGUGGGGCUCGAGCUCCUUUCGCCUGCCCUCCUUCUCCUCCUCCUCCCCCUUCCACACAAACACCAGCGCCUCGCAGCCAGCGACAGGCAGGGAGGAGGGAGGGAGGAGGGAGGGAGGCAGCACCGCCAAAUCCCGGCCGCGCUCCCUCGCGAGACUUCCGCCGCUGCCGCCGAGACGGACCCCAGCCCCGGAGGCCGCUGCCGCCGGACUCGCCCCCCCCGCCGCCAGGCGGCCAAUGGCAGCGCCCGCCGCGCCCAGACGAGAGAAGCGGCCAACGGGGGCGCGCCGUGCCGCAGCGCCCCGCCCCCUCUGCCCGCCCCGUCCUAUCACGGGGCGCUGCGAGCGCGGGGCGCACCUCCCGGCGCGGAGCAGCCAAUGGGCUCGUGGCGCUGCCUCCGCCCCGCCCCGCGCGGAAGCGCCGCCCCGGCCCCGCCGCCCGCGCGGGCCCCGCAGCUCCGGGCGCGCUCGGCGGGGGUGGGCGGGGCCGCGCCGCCAGGGGGCGCCGGGGCCGCGCGGCCGUUAACGGGCGGGGCCGGCGGGCGCGCGCCGGGCCCCGGGCAGCGCGGGCCGGCAGCGGCUCCCGACCGGCCCCGCGGCCGAGCCUUGGGACGUUUGAAUGCUACAGUUGAGCUGCUAUCGGCACGGGGGAGUUUUCCCCUCUCCUCCCUUUUUUCCUUCUGGAAAGCCCGUUGGAGCGGGGAGUGCUCCCCGCGGGCCGCUUUCCCGCAGCCGUGCAUGGAGGUGCGCCGGGGGCUUGCGGAGCGCCGGCUGCCGGUGCCGCCCCCAGCCCGGCCGUCAGCGGCCGAGUGCACGAGCUCGCGUACCGGGAAACAGCGUUAAAAUAAGUGAAGCGUUGCAGAGCCUUUCCAACAGCAGCACAACAGUUCGUGCCUUGCAAAUGCAGCAGCCCCGCGCUCCAGUCGCACUCCGCUUCCUUCCCCUUCUGCCAGCUGCUGCAGGACAUCCCUUCCUUACCCCGUCAUGGAUCUGCCGCGUGCAGAGCUGCCGAGGGAAAAGUAGCACUCGUGAGUGUGUUGCGUUUGGUCAUUCGCUUUGUCGGGGGUCGGGCGUAAAUCAGGAGCCGAAUUUUCGAAGAAGCAGCUUUCGAAGAAGCUGUCUUGAUGUGAAGUAGCAGAUGUUAUGGGUCGGAGAUGAGGAGCUGUGGACUGAAUAACCUGAAUAAUUAUAAAUGUUGU